AUGAUGGCAGAUCGGGCUGAGACCAUUUUGGUCAACUCAGUGGUCAACUCAAGGACUGGUGAGGACCACACCUUGUCACCCUCCCAGCGCCUCCCGGCGGUGCACCGCCUGAGAGGCCGCCCCGGAGCGAUGCAGCAGCCAGCGGACGACGGUGAUGCGCAACAAGGAGAGCUGCCGAUGCUUGGAGGCAACGAGGCGGCCACGAGAGACGGUGCGCACCGCUGCGCGGGAAUUGGGGCUGCUGAUAGUGCCCGGGCCAAAUUCAGCCAGGCCGUGGUGCUGCUACUCUCCUGUGAUGAGCUGAAUCCCGUGAAGGUGCUGUGCAGCUACACUCGCGGUGUGCUCGGUAUCGGUGAGGCUGACCACGGCGCGGCAGAACCGGGCAGAACGCUGACGGUUCACCUUUCGGAGCGGCAACGUUUGGGCGGCUUGCGCUAA